GAGCGAUUGGCUGAUUCUUACCUUCUAUACGAUCAGUGGGAUACAUACAAGUUCUCGGGAUCUUCAUAUCAAACCCAUCAACUCGGCCAUUCAAACCCACAUAUGACGCACUGGCACCAGCCCGGGCCAACCGAUCGUCGUCAUCCGUUAAAACACUACCCGUCUUGCGCUGCGUAGCUGAGAGCUGCACUGGGAUACAACUGAUUGGAGAGUGUGUGAUAAGAAACAAAUAUUCGAAGCUUGUCAUUGUUAAAAUCUACCAUUAUGCGGAUCCGCUACCCUUUCGCAGGAGCUUUCGCUUUCCUCCUAGUCCUGUCUGGAUACAUGGGUCUGCUGUCCCAUAGUACCUCCUCAUCAAUUCCUACGAAUCUCCAACCAAAUGACAAGUUCCUGCACCUCGUCACCUUCUUCCUCUUGACCGUCACCUUCUACUGGAUCUUGGACACCACGAGGCGGCGCACUCUACAUAUAACUUUACUGGUCUGCACACUCGGCAUGAGUAUAGGCUCAGAGAUUGUCCAAGGUCUGCUUCCCAUUGACCGAGCCUUUGACCCAUUCGAUGUCGUUGCCAAUGUCGUCGGCAGCCUCGGCGCAGUGGGCCUGUGCGGCUGGUACCACCGCCGCAUGCUGGAUCGUCGCCGCAAGAGCCGCUUUGGUGUCGUGGACGGUGGAGAGGAGGAUGUUGAGCUUGGCGUUGGGGUUGGUGGCUCCCGGGAGGAGGAAGGACUAGGACCGCAAGAGUCUGGUGUGAUGAACCUGGAGCAAGAGGUGGAUAACUGGGAUGAGAAUGCUGUCGAUAAUUGGGAUACUGAGGAUGGUCUGGAUGCGGCGCAUCAAGCUACACCUCCAAGUUACGAUGACAGCCAACUAGCUGGAGAGGGCUCUACGAAACGCAGCGACUGAUACAGUUAGUUCGGGUCGAGCUCCUUGAGUUACAGUUUCACGUACAGCCCACGUUGAUACUGGCAGGAGCAUCUCCCGUUUGAUGAUGGUUAUGGACUGAUGCAUUGAUCGAUCUCACGUUGGCAUGAUACCAGUCGUUUAGUUCUGAUGUAUUUUUCGCAGCGAUCAAUUUCUUUUUUGCUGUCAUUUUUGCUUGGGUUUGAAGCUUGCGACAGGCUUGCAUGAAGCCUGUUGGAGGGAAAUGAAAGAUACUAUUCUAUCUUGCUUGAAACUGCAAC